UAGCGCCAGAGUCACUUCACCAGAAGAGGACAUGGAAUACAGGAUGGGGGGCUGCAUCGGAAUUUCACCAAGACAGCAUUCACCUCAGGCCACCCAUCAACCCCCUUUAGCGCCCGCUCCCCACCUGCUCACCCCACGUGGGAUGCAAAAAUAGCAUCAGAGAAACUGAGGCUCCACGCAGGAGACGACAGAACUUUAGUCAGACUGUAAACAGACUUGGGAAGCUCGUGCAAGCUUGAAGGGGAUUCAGGGGACAUCAUUUCUCCUUAACGACGGCGUUCACUGAGGGACCUCAGCUCGUCUGCACGUUUUGUCUCGCUGUGUUGAGCCUGAGAAGGCCCGGAGGGUCCUUGUGCCGCUCGGCCUGAUGAGACAUGGGGAACGAGAGCAGCACGACUGAGGCUUUGCCAGAAGAGGGCGCUCCUGAACAUGUUGUUCUGUUCCCACCCCAAGAAAAUCACAGCGAACCCUUGCAGCCUGAAACGCAAAAGAAUACUGAUGUGCUGCCCCAGCCAAAGCUCCUAGAUGUUCCGGUCAUCACCGGUUUGGAAGAGAGCGGAGAUACGGCAGAAGCCCCGGAGGACCAAGAGGAACUGGAGUUUCCCCAUGACCUGCUGCCCAGUCUAGAUUUUAGCAGUGACCUGAACAUUUGGGAGUCCUCACUCGGGCUUCAGACUAGCAAAGCAGGAACUGCAUAUGAGCAGGUGAACCCCCUGCUGGCUGGCUUGCAACAUCACAUGGAAGUCAGUCCUCUGGUAGUUCUAGAUAGCAGGCCUAAUGGCGACGACCCACCCCUCGCAGAUGCCCCACCGUCACCUGAACCCAUUGCCACACCUCACCCAGAUGGCCAACACUUGACCCCUCCUUCAUGUGCGCUUCUCGACCAGGAGCUUCUGGAAGCCUUUCAGGAAUGUGAGGAACAAAUGGCCUCACUGAGCGGUUCUCAUCUCAAAGAGCCCAUCAGCACCAAGCAUGAAAAAGUUGAAGAAGGGGAUAGGAAAACUGGACAAGCAACGAUUACAAUGUGUGCUGAGUCAUCAUCACUGCCUCAAGUUGCAGACCAGUCUGGACAUAGUAACAGCGAGCUCAUAAACAGAAAUCCACAUGGAAACAGUGAGACAGGGAACAGCCAGAUGGAUACAGUUAUGUUUAGUUUCAGGGACUACAUACUUGGAAUAGAAAACCCUGAACCAGAAGAGGCAACAAAAGAAUAUGAUGAUUGUCACAGACUCACUGGAGAUGUUAACACAAAGGAUUUUAAUAGCAACAUUGUGGAGGAAGACAUAGAUAGAAAUGAAGAGUGUGUCCAAAUAAAUACUGCAAAACAGAUUCCUACAUGUACUUUAAAUCCAAGUAACUUGGACAAAAAUGUAUUGGAGGAAUUGCAGACCAAGCACGCAAGAUCAGACAAUCCCAGUCAUGCUGAUGAUGACACACAAAUGAUUUGUUCAAGCAAUGCACUGGAUGAUCCUGCACACAAUAAAAGGAUGAAAAAGAAAGACAAAAAGAAGCACAAGAAAAAGAAAAGGACUGAAGUGGAGGAUAGGACGCCAGGACAAGCCGGGAAGGGAUUAGAGGCUGUUCCACUUAUAAAUACAGGGAAUCACUGUCAAUCUGAACCAAUUGCAUCUUCAGUGCCAUGCAAAGAGACUAUGAUGUUUGGAUCACAGCCUCAUGAUGGCUUUUGUCGCAAGGGAACACCAAGCCCCUCCCAGUCAUCUACUCAUAGCCAACAGGGUCAUUUUAUUGACUUGGCCGGUUCUGCAUCCAAUUCUGUUCUUUCACAUGCUAAUCAAUCUGACAACAUAAAUGUAAUGGAUGCGCAGUGUGACAAAAAGAACAACACUGGCAAUAUUCCACAGAGCGCACAACAUAAAGUCGGGAGUGUCAUUGAUAAGCUCGUCCAAGCUAGCGCUGAUAAGGCUUCAGAAAAUCAAUCACGUGAGGAUAUCGUUUGCACUGAAGCACAGAUACAGAAAACGGAGAGCUCAUCUUGCCACAUUCAAGCUUAUGUGGGAGAGCGUUGCGUGGAGAGAGCCAUUGAAGAUGCCUUAGUGGAGGCUGCUGCGUUGCCACUAACAACACCCACGAUGCGAGAAGUGAUAAAAAGUGAGGGAGAAAGCGUGAGCUGUGAUUCAUGGGAGGGAGUAGCUACAAAAGCUAUCGCAGGCAUUGGGAAAGCAGAAGCAGAAAGACACCCCGAGGGAAACGAAGAAAUUAAGGUACUCUUGGAUAAUAGUGUUCAGCUUUCAUCUGUCUGUUGCUCACUUAGUUUCCCUGCUAGUGAGGAAAGCAGCAGCAGCAGCAGCAAAAUGCCACACACUUCGACUGAGAGUUGCUCAAAAGGACAGAUGGAGACAGAGGCAGCGAUAUCUCCAGCAGAAGAGGGCGACGGAGAAAAGGAGCCACUCGGGUUAGAAGGCAAUUUUAUUCAUCUUCCCCAUGGGAUAGUUGCUAGUGCUGAUCAUCUGAAUGAUAGCGCUGCAGGACCGGAGGGAGCAGGAGUGGCUGUGUGCAGUUUAUUCAGCCUUCCAGAGGGGGCUGCUAGAGAAGCUGAGAAAAAGCCGUGUCCACCCAAUGAUGUUGCAGUGUCAUGUGUGAAGUCACCGAGCAGCGGUGAGACGGACAUUACCGGCACAGACAGCCUGUGCACGAAGGAGGAGCUCACUGCAGCAUUUUCACCUUUGCCACUUUCUAACCAACAAAGCAAGACAGAAAAUGGAGCCAGCAGCCAGCACAAUUUGAAUUCUGAGGAGCUACCUUGUUCAGGAACAACUUGUGAGGCGUCGGCCAUCACAGAGACCUCACUCACUUCUACCAGCAACGAUCAACAGGUUCGACUUGAAAGAAGCACACCCGAAUCCACGCCUACAGAGAAAGAAGUUGAGAUUCAAGAGAACCCAUCUGGUAGUGUGGGUAAGUCUACUCGUGACAAAAUUGGAGGCAGCAACAGAGUUCGCUUUGUGGACAGUGUGAAAGAAGAUCGGAGUGUCACUAUAGAGGUGACGAACAUGGCAACGCCGGCUUUGAAAUGUGCGUCUUUGCCUCCGUUGACGGUACAUGAGAGUUUGUACCAUCCAGUUGUUGAGGCCAGCUAUAUUUAUCCAGACUUCCUGAGCUUAGAGAAGCCAGAAACCAGCUGUGAUGUCACUUUUACCAAGGAUGAAGCCACACCAAUGUCCAAGAAUGACGUUCUUUUGGAUCCACAAGAUAGAUCCAAGAAUACGGAGAACAAGCCAUCAGUUGAAGACAGAAAAAGGCCAACUGAGGAAAAUCUUGAUUGUGCAGAACAUUGUGACUCUCUCGAUAAAGCCAUACUUCCUGCAGGUGCUGCUUCCGAACCAGCAAAAAGCGCUGAAGUGCCUAUAGAUCUCACCAAGAAUGAAGUUAAUAAAUCAACAAAUGAGGAGCAAAGAGAAAAGUCAACCAGUGAACAACCAGAUGAAAAAACGGAUCUGACGUUAACCCCAAAAGAUAUAAACCCACUUGAGAUAAAAAAGGACAGCAAGGAACCAAUUAAGUGUGACAUCACAGAGGAGAUAAAAAAUGAUGCCAUUGUGGUCGAAGAAAGAGAAAGUUCAAAUUCUGUCAAUAAUACUGCGUUUAAGUCAAUAGGAGAUGUCUUCACGGAGUCUCCCGAGCUUUCCAUCGAUCUUGAUAACAUUUCUAAUACUGAAACUGCAAUGUUGACUCGCUCAGUCUCUCCUCAGACAAAAUACAGAGACCUCAGUGGUGAGCCUCCUGCUGAGUUUGAUCAACCGCCCUCUCACGCACUAGUUAGCACAGAGCCGAACAAAUGUAGGAAAGACUCAAAGUCUGUGGCUCCUGCUGACCCAAUAAAGGUUGAACCAGUAGUUUCAGAGAUGAUAGCCACUGGGCAGUCGAUUCCUGUUCGCGAUCAAUGUCCCAGUAAUUCCAUGUCAAUACUGCAACCCCAAGGCCUUUUGUCAAGUGACUUGGACGUUGUUGAUGAGUUUGAAGUCUCUCCGUCUGAAGGAAUUGAUAAUGCUACCGCUGAAUAUGACAGUACUAAGACAUGUAUGUCUUUAGAAGAUGAUCAGGAACACGAAGGAUCGAAAAUGAUACAGGAAGAUUACAAAAUGACACCUUUGCAAGAGGAAAAACAACCAGAGUGUGUAGUGGCAAAUGAUGACUCAAGUAAUAGAAUUACAAAAGCAACACUUGACCUCAUAAAUGACAUCUGCCCACUCAGCUCUAACAAGACCAGUGGGAAGUGCGAGAAGACUCAACCCUGCCAAGUCAAGGAGAAAAAGAACAUGGAUGAAAAAACGUCUGCGUCACUCGAUGACAAUCGAAAGGAAACAGAAGGCUGUGAUGAACUGCAAAUAGGAAAUGUGACAACACAACAGAAUCAAGAGUUGGAUAAAGACACUCAAGAAGGAACUGGAGACCUGGAAUGCAAAUCUCACAUCCAUAAUACUGAACCAAAUAUUGUGAACAAUUUGGAAGCAGAAAUGCAAAAUGAACUUUAUGAUGAUUCUGAUCAGUAUUUGCAUCAAACGAUAGCAGAAACAUUGAAGGCCAACAGGGACACAUCAACAGAUUUGAGUUCAAAUCCUGAAAUGAACCGUUUGGCUCAGCAACAGAAGCAACCGCAGCAAGAUUUCAUCUCCAAUUAUUCCACAGAUGGAUUGCCAGGUGGUUGCGUGGAAACAUUUGAAGAGGGAGAAAGGACUAACAGCCAACUUAAGCCGAUUCCAACGUCCAUUUCUGUCGUGGCAGACCUAGCAGGAGGGGACAGUGGAUCUUUUGAACUAUCAGAAGUUCAGGGUGAGUUACCUAGAGAAGACAGCAGUAUCACCAAACAAGUGGGUGGAGAGAAAGUUGAAAAGAAGGAAUCACAGAUAAAUUCAGGAGUUGAAAGAAUUGUUUCUCCCUCAGGAACAGAUUCAAUGCAUGGCAAUGAAUUUCUGAAUAGUACAGGUAAGACAGAAAGCGACCAAUCAGAUUCAUUUGGAGAGCGACGAGGGAAUCAUUUGGCUUUUACUAGCAACGCUGUUUCUGCCGUAUCUUUAUUAGAUGACUCGGGAUUAUCCGUUUCAGAAAAAGAAAGGCCAGAUAGUCACGCAUGUGACACAGAUGUUAGUCCGAGUGAUAACAAAGAUGCCAAGAUACAAGGAAAAACAAUCAAUCCUGUUGAAACAGAUCACAGUGUUAUGAAAACAAAACAGAGUCAAAGUGAGAAGUCUAAUAUCCCGGAUACAAUAUAUGAGUCUCUUGAGUCGCAAUGCUCCAAUCAAAGUUCAGCCAUACAAAAUGGUUCAGUAACACAAACUCCCAUAAAAGGACCUCAUGUGGUGGAGGAGACUGCAGGGGGAAACAAUGAGGCUUUAGAUGAAGAAAAUGCACAUUUCCCAGAGAAGGCAACAUGUGAGGUUCAAGUUCUAGACAAUAAAGCGACUAAGGAGAAUGGACUUGUGGUUCCUCAAGAUGAAGACCCGUCAUUUGCUGAGCUUUUGAGAACAGCGGAAAAAGACAAUGACACGAGGAGCAAUCCACAAGCCAUCGUUGCCACAGACACACCCAGUUUUUCAUUACAGAGCGAUACAAUCCUCUCUCAGGCAGUGCUCUCCCAAACUGAGGAAUUUCCCAGUCACAUCUGCCUGCCCACUCCACCGGCUGAUGAUGUGGUGCACCCUCCUGCCUUUUCACACGCGUCUACAGACACAGUGGCCUCCCAUGUGACAAACAAUUCUGUUGGACUCACGACACAAGAACCAGACACAAACUGGAUAACAGCUCUCAGACAAGCUGCUUCCAAUCCUCAGACUGAACAAGAGAGCACAGAAAUUACAAGACCCCUUCCAUCUCUGGAGUCUCCCCAACAAGAGUUUCUCACUCCUACUGAAGAGGGAGCUGCUCCUCUGGGGUCAGAGCUAACAUCUCAGGAGCAAACAGACAUCACAACGCUACAUCCUGAAGUGGAUCUUGCGCAGCAUCUGGACGAGGUCCACGAGCUGAAGCGGGAGGCAGCAGAAAUUGUCCAGAAAGAAGAGGAGCACUUAGAAGAGUACCCGACAAGUAGUAGAGCAAUUUCACCACAUGAGCUUGCGGAACUCAACGAGAACACGGUGGAGAAGGGAUCUUCGGAACAAAGUCAGAAAAUAACACCAAACGGUGAACCUCCAGAGGACAACCCUGAAAACCCAGCCGAGGAAAGCACGGAAAUAGUCGAUCCUGCUUGGGUGCUGCAAAAAAUUGGAUCUCCCCUCACUGAGCACUCAGAGAGGAGCGCUCUCUUCCCCAUAAGUUCACCCCGACACCUCCCAUCCACUCCCCUUCCUGAGCGCCCCACUCCUCCGCCUGCGUCCCCUUCACCAGAGAAGACGCCACUUGCAUCUCCCCUCCAAUCUCUUCUUCCUCCAGCUCCUGCCUCCCCUUCUGUGCCAUCCAGUCAUCGGAGUGAUGACCCCUACCCAACCUCUGCACCUUGCCACCUUCUUCUAAGGAGCUCUGAUUCCGAUGGAGCAUUCGAGACUCCUGAGUCGACAACACCAGUGAAGGCUCCAGCAGAUCCACAGAACCAAUUAUUUACCGCUGAUGACAAAGGAGAAGACCCUUCCGAGAGAGCAUCUGACUUGAUUUCUGAGCCAGUUGCCAUUGUUUUUGAUGAGGACAGGCCAAUUGCUGCCAGUGGCGCGUACAACAUUGAACCUUUUGCUUCGGAGUCAUCGAGUCAACCGCUUACUCGCUCCCUCAGCCUCCAGGCUGGAGAACUUGACACUUCUGGUUUGGAUGGAUCUGUAGCACAAGGCUUCCGCCCACAUUCGGAAUCCUUCAGCGUUAGCACAGAAAGUAAUCCAGGGACACUCCGUAGGCCUAAGAAAGUCCGCCCUGGAUCUGUGAAGAAGACACCGCUCCUGAGGCAGAACUCCAACCCGGAGAGGCCAUGUUCUACUAGUAGCACCCCGGAGAUCAUUAAGCGUGCAAAGCCUCAAACUGUGACUCCGGACGGAAAGGAAAGUCCGGCAGAAGGUGGAAGUCCUGUAGGAACCCUCAGAAAAACUAGAAAAACCCGUGUGGACACUCCACCCCCACUACCAGAAGAAGCCACGCAUAUAGAAUCAGAGAGGAGUCUCACUGUCCCUGCCUUACCUUUGUGCCAGGAGGAGAGCCAUCUUCCAUCUAGUCCUCCUAUCAAAGAAAACCUCCCAAUCCCUCCUAGUGCCUCCUACAGUUGGGAUCCAGAGAACUUUGAGAGCAUAGACCCAUUCAGGACCGGAGGCAGUAAAAUUGCCAACUCACCUGUUCUUGAUCGGAAAGGUCUUAAAUGUGCCCCCAUUGCUACUCUGCCAGAAAGUCCCCCCAUCCCUGCCGUGAGUCAGCUUUCUCCUCCAGCUUCCACUGAAGCACCAGUAGGCAACCCUGAAGAGCAACCUAUUCUACCCAAACGGGAGUCUGUGAGGCUGGAGUUUGAUUACUCCGAGGAGAAUAGUGAGGCAUCACACGGAGCUUCUGCGCCACCUAAGAAACUGGGCAAGAAACCUGGCGCCAAGAUGCCCUUGAGGAAACCAAAGUUGGGGUUAAAAAAGGCCCAGCCAGGAAGGGCUGAGCAGCUGGACAAUAACAUUCCAGCAGAACACAACGGGAACGACGAGGAAAAGCCCAUUUCUCGAGGUUCUUACGACUUUGACGCCAAUAAGUGGGAAGAUCCAAAUUUUAAUCCGUUUAUGACCAAGACAGCCGUGGCCAACUCUCCAAAAGCAUCUGAGCCUACUUACGGCUUUGAUUUUGAUGACUCCAUAGUCGACCCUUUUCAAUCUUCUAACAAGAUGGCAACCUCACCUCCAAAGGCUUCGGCCUCUUUCGAGCUGUCGUCAAAUGAUGACAUGGAAAAUGACAAUAUUGGCGAGCUAGAAGAUCAAAAUCUGAACAAACCAACAAAAAAGAAGAAAACUCCCAUCAAAUCUAACACUUUUAGGGUAAAGAGGUCACCAAAGAAAUCACAGUUCUCCAACAACUCACAGGAUUCAGAUGACCCCGCCUCCCUUCCUCCACAGGAUGGCCACGCCACGGAUGAAGAGAAGCUGGCCUCCUCCACCAAUCACAAGUUAGCAGACUUGCACGACGUUGAUUCAGACUUAAACUCAGACCAGCGGGACUUCCCUCACCCAUCGGAUCUAACGUCAUUUGUGAAUGAGAGCGGUCUUCGGUCUUCAGUGCAAGACUAUGAAAUUGAGUACAUGGAGAAAAUUGGCUCUUCUUCACCUCCACCGUCUGUGAAGAAGCCAUCGUUAUACCUCAACUUGGACUCGUUAUCAAACCAAGGAACCAAGGAUACAAAAGGAUCUGAGCCCAACUCCCCAUGCACAGGGAGUUUUGAGGAAAUGGAGGCUCAGAUAACAGCCAGCAUGAAGACUCCAGUGUUAAGUUCCAGGCCAGGUCCCGAAGGCUCUGUUGGAGAUAAGGGCAGGAAAAGAGAGAGCGAAGUACUCAGUCGAACACAAAGCACAGAAAGAGAUGAGCAGCUCAGUAGCCAAGAGGUCCCUUCUUCAACCCUGACCAUGUCCCUGUUAAAAAGACUGUCUGAGUGUGACCACCCUGAGCAGUACCUGGCGCCCGACCUCGCUGAGACCAACCCUAAUGCAUUCGCCCAAAAACUCCAGGAGGAGCUGGUUCUUGCUGCCCUACGGAUAGAAGCUCUGCAAGUAGCCAAAAACAUCUCUCAGUGCCCCUCCCUCUCCACUGUAGCCCUGCAGCACAGAGAUGUUUCUUUACCGUCCGAGAGUUCAGUAUCCAAGAGCUCACUGUAUGCCCCGACCGCUACCGGCUACAUUGAUGGAGAGAGUCCACAUCUUCCUAAAGACCUGGACCACUCGCUGGGAAUCGCAAAAGAGGAGAUUGUAACAAAAGAGAGGGAGGUGCUGGAGUGGCAGAGAAAAUACGAAGACAGCCGUCAAGAGGUGCAGGAGAUGAGGAGGAUCGUUUCUGAAUAUGAGAAGACGAUCGCACAGAUGAUUGGCAUGCCAGAAGAUGACCAGAAAGAGAAGUCUCUGUCCCACCACACCAUUCAACAGCUGAUCAUAGAAAAGGACCAGGCCUUAGCCGACCUCAACUCUGUGGAAAAAUCUCUGGCUGACCUCUUCCGACGCUACGAGAAGAUGAAAGAUGUGCUUGAGGGCUUCCGCAAGAAUGAGGAGGUUUUGAAGAAGUGCGCUCAAGAGUAUCUCUCCAGAGUCCGUAAAGAGGAACAGCGGUACCAAGCUCUGAAGAUUCACGCAGAGGAAAAGCUUGACAGGGCCAAUUCAGACAUUGCUCAGGUAAGGGCCAAGUCCAAGCAGGAGCAGGCUGCCCACCAAGCCAGUCUGAGGAAGGAGCAGAUGAAAGUGGAGUCUCUGGAGCGCACAUUGGAGCAAAAGAACAAAGAGAUUGAGGAGCUGACGAAGAUUUGCGAUGAGCUAAUAGCCAAGAUGGGCAAGUGUUAGCACACUUGAGUGGGAGGAAAAUUACUCGGAAGAACUCUUCAAGCCACACUGAGCUUAAACUUUCUACUGACCUUGUGUGUACAGGAUACACACAGAUAGAUUCCUUUUGAUCACGCUGUAUAUUUUUGAUGUGUCAUUGUUUUGUGAUGUAUCAGGGGUCUAGUUGAAAGUUUUAGAAACUACAACAUGUCAUUAAUUUCUAUAUCCGUGUGUUUGAAUUGAUGUAUGCUCGUGCGUGUGUGCCUGCGUGCUUGAAGGAGCAUAUGUUGAUGAGGAUUACCUGUGGGUUUUACUGUUGUUGAAUAUGUUGCCAUGACAGCCACUGAGGGAGACGACUGUUUACCCACUUCUCUGGACGCCUCCUCCCCCUAAAAAAAGAAGCAGCAGCCUGUUUUGUAGAAUGAUUCAUUGCUAAGAAAAUAAAAAUAUUCACUGUAGCUUAUUGCAUGCACGAAAAAAAAACUUGUCCGUUUUGUAUACAAUGUAGAAAAUGCUAUUAUGGAAAAAAAACCUUUUUAUGUGCCCGAUAUGUAAAACACAGAUGAUUAAUAAUUUGUCAGAAUUUUUAUUCAUAGGUACGGUAUUGUGCUUUCCUCAUGUAACCUUGUAGAUAUUUGUCAUAGCUGUCUUGAUGAGACCAUGGGAAUUUAUUUUUCUUAUUUUAUUUUGAUAUGAACCAAAGUAUUUGUGACUGUAUUCAGAUGUGCCCCAGUCCUGCUUGGGUUGUUGUGUCACACUGAUGAGUCGUAACAUGUCUGCACAACUGCUGUACAGCAUUUGCUUACAAAGUGCAAUAAAAGAUGGCAAUAUAA